AAACACCAUGACGUCCUCACUCAUCAGUUGCAAAGUAUCGAUCGCUUUGAACCACCACAGCCUCCUAGUCAACGAGAUAUUCACCGAUUCAUUGCAGCAACCAUCGGAAGAAUUGAUCACGGCUUAGUACGCAAUCAAGUUACCAUGACGACCGACCCUCUCGGCCCAGCCGCUGUGCUGGAGAGCAUGGCGAACGCGUUGCCAACCCACGAACAGAACGAUACGACGUCAGACCUCAGCAGCUCGCUGGACUGCGUAUCUCUCCUUGCGCAUGCAUGCAUGGUAAAUCUUGGCUUCCGUCUCUUGGGUUUCGAUGAGGACAAAAAGAUUGAAUCAGAAUGCGCCCGCAUAGCUCCCCGUCUGCCUCCGCAAUGGAACAAUUCCCUUUCCUCGCAGAGUUUUGUGUAUGCCCACACGCAAUCCUCUAUGCAGUUCGUAAUCCGCAUCGACCGCAUGGGCGCCAAAAUCGAGCUGCGCGGCCUGGCCAUUGGCGACGAGCGCAUUGCCCGUUUCGACAUCACCGCCCGUGACUACAUAUCCUCUGCUGCGUUGCCGCUGCGCAUCACCAUGACUGCCGACGGCGUCGAAGACAGAAGCGACCUCCAGCAGAAGCUCAAAAACGUAUUCAUCUCGGAGGAGCGAAUCAAAGACCUCGCCUCCCUGCUAAAAGUCUCCAUCAUCCAACGCCUGCUCCCCUCCCUACAAAAAGAAGGCUACACAGAAGAAGAAGCAGAACCCGCCCCACCCCGGCGCCAGCCCCAUCCACUAGCCGCUCACCAGCCGCCACGAUUCCCCCCUCACCUCCCAGAACCAGCCCAGCCCAACCCGUACCCUGCCCCGGACCCGCUCGCCGCCCCUCGCAACAACCCCAUCCCCACAGCCGACUUCCCGCCGCCCGACUUCGAGGACCCUUACGAAGUAAACCGCCCCCCGCGUGGCCCUGCACCUGCACCGUUUGGCGGCGGGUUCGGAAACCUCGGGCAAGACGAUUUAUACCCUGCCGGACUAGGCCCGCACGAUCCCAUUCGGGGGUCAUUCACGGGCGGGUUCGGGGCUGGGGGCAUCGGGCCGGAGGGGUUGAGGCGUCCCGGCGGGGCCGGGCGCGGGGGAGGAGGUGGCCGGACGGGUGGUGGCGGCGGCAUGCAUCCCACCUUUGACGACCCCUUGUUCCGGGGCCCGAGGGGAGAUGGGGGCGAUGAUGAUACCUUUGGCGGGCAGAUCCCGCCCGGCGCGAGGUGGGAUCCGCUCGGUCCUGGCGGACAGCCGCCUCGUUUUGGUGGUGGGAGGCCCGGGGGAAGAGGGGGCGGCUUUGGUGGAUUUGGCGGGUUCGGGGGCGAUAUUAUCUAGGUGGGCUGUAGAAUGUUGAGCGGGCUCAGGUUAGGCCGCGCUGAGUUGGACGGGGACGGAUCAGGCUGUCGAUGCGCCGGGUUAUGGGGCAGUGAAUGUAGGUACGUUGCGGGUUAAGUCGCUGAUGCAGGGUGGCGCUACGAGUGAUAUUGUUGGAAGGGGAAGUUGCUGUGGGUGGAUGCUGUAUGAUGGCUGCGCUAUGGUAAUGAAGGGAUGUCCUAUAUGAGGAAGUGAUGGAAUGAGAUAAUGUCUACCUAUGCAAUUGGCUGAUUUCAUUGUGCUAGUGAUGGGAGCAAUAAUUGUGAGGUAGUUACUCCAGAACACUGGAACAAGAGGAUUCAGUAUCGACAAGGCAGUGAGAUCAGUCUGAAUGAGGCACGAGUAACCGCAGUUAAAUACAGAGACUGAUCCUUAGGG